AUGUCGCCAAAUGCCAGAGUCCGCACCCACAUAGUACAGCUCGCCACACACGCUCAGCUGGGCGAAACAAACAAACUACCGAGUCGUGAUGGUGAGCAUUGUGGCUUAGAGAUUGGAAGACUUGGAGACGAAGCGCUUCUCGGCCUCUUCAAAGUUGAUCACGUUCCAAAUAGCAUUGAGAACGCAUGCUCCCAAAUGUCCACACCGAUGAUGGGAACACCAUCUGUUAAAGCACAUGUGAGAGGGGUGGCCGAGGGUGCCAACGAUCCGAAAUCACGGUUGAUCGCCUCGGCUAGUGGACCGUCUUUGAGGACGCCACCGACCGCCUUGGGAUCAGACGAGCCGUAUUUGGAUGCAGAGGGCGCCAGAGAGCAAAGAGGACUGACCGCCACCGUUGAACUUGAUGGCGGCUUGGAGAGCGAUCCUCUCCUUGGGGGUGCUGGUAGCCGCAUAGGCUUGUUCAGCCUGGUUCAGGGCGUUGACAUAGGUUUGAUGGUGUUUCUGAUGGUGGAGGACCAUGAUCUCCUCGAUAAUGUAUGGCUCGAGGGCAUUGUAGGCGUACGGGAGGGGUGGAAGCGUCUGAUCAGGACUGUAAGUGGUCGUUCUGUGCACAAAAAGUCUAACAAUUUACGUGGCUCAUGGUUGUUGCUUGCAAAGAAUCGAUAG